UCGGUUUUAGGUAGCAUUUGUACACGGUACUGAAGACAGAAGGAUCAUUAAGCGCAAAAGGAACUGCACUGGAGCUUUGAUUGGGACCCACUGACACACAUUAGCAAUAUUAUCAGACAUCACACAUGGAGAUAAACACAACUUUCUCCUUGGUGUCUGGCAAUUACAGCCACACCAACACCACUUGCUCCCGAGACAAUGUUUUGAAGACGGUGGUUUUUCCUGUUCUCUACACCCUUCUUUUCCUGGUGGGGAUGUUGCUCAAUAGCGUGGCUGUGUGGGUGUUCUUUCGCAUCCCCUCGCGGUCCCACUUCAUUAUAUACCUGAAGAAUAUUGUUGUUGCGGACGUCAUCAUGACCUUCACUUUUCCUUUCAAGGUGUUGUCAGACUCCAACUGGGCGUCCACCGGCCUGCGAAUAUUCGUGUGUCGAGUUUCCUCAGUGCUCUUCUACCUCACCAUGUACAUCAGCAUCCUCUUCUUCGGCCUCAUCAGCAUCGAUCGCUGCAGAAAGACCCUGAAGCCUUUUCGGGGCACUAACUCUGCCCGGCUGACCCGUCGGAAAGUCCUUUCAGGAACCAUCUGGACCUUUUUGCUGAUUCUCUGUCUGCCUAACGUGAUCCUAACGUGCAAAACCCCGACUUCUCCUUAUUUCAAGUGCAGCGACCUGAAGACGGAGUUUGGGCUGUACUGGCAUGAGGUGGUAAAUCAUGUGUGUCAAGUGAUUUUCUGGAGCAACCUGGUGACUGUGAUAGCUUGCUACACUCUAAUCACCAAAGAGCUGUACAAAUCCUACUCUCGCACUAAAUCUCACAGCACUGGGGGAAACAUAUCUCAAGCACUAAGCGGGGGAACCACUCGGAAACCCCAGCAGGCCAAGAGAAAAAUGAAUGCAAAUGUGUUCUUGGUUUUGGCGGUCUUCUUUGUGUGCUUUGUGCCGUUUCACUUUGCCCGAGUGCCGUACACGAUGAGCCAGACCCGAGGAGUUCUCUUUGACUGCAAACUCAAGCUCUUCUUCUUUCAGCUGAAGGAGAGCACGCUUUUCCUCUCAUCCCUGAAUUCAGUUCUGGACCCUCUCAUCUACUUCUUCCUCUGCAAGUCCUUCAGGAACACUCUGUUCAAGACCCUGAAGCUUCCUGCUGGUACCUGCAGCUGGAUAACAGGGAGAGGCUCGGAUACAGACUCAGGCAGCACCGCUCUGAGAAACUCUUCCGCCGGCACAUAAAAACACUGGACAUAAGAAAGACUUUUUUUUUUAAAAUGUAGUGUCUGAAUGUGCACUGUCUGCUCUCAGAAGGCUUUUUUUUUUUUUUAUAAAGACCUGCUGUUAAAAAAAAUGGAUCAAAUCCAAAUGUCACAUACAGUAGGUGACAGACACGGUGUACUUUCCCAUAAUGUGGCCUGAGACUACCAGAAAUGAAAUCUACAUGCCAGAGCCCAUGUAAUUACACAUGUAAUUACAAUAAUUAGCAUCUUUAAAACUUGCAGGUUUACUAUUGUCUGUGUAUCGUCUGUAGAGAACAGUGUAUUGAAGAGAAGUUCACACACUGUAUGCUAAUGUUUUUUUUUACUUGUGUCAAACUUGAAGUGACCCUCUUAGUUCUUCUUUCUGUUCUCUGUUGAAGUUCAAUAACAUUAAGUUUCUCUUCUAUAUUUUCAUACUCACUAAUUUUUGAAAAGAAAUGUGAAGCAUUCUGAAAAUAAAUGUAAUUUUAAGGACAUCUGCAGUUUGCUUCUAAAAUAAUGCAUCUAUAUAAUGAAUCUUAAAUAUUCUCCUGUGAUGUCCUCGUGCUGCAUUGUCCAUUCUUCUUCUUGCAUCAACAGUAAUCCUAACCUAUUAGGUCCAUGGAUACAUUAUGAUACAGUGGAUGAAGCACUGACAGAUUUAGAAAGUAGUCAAGGUCACAAUCUACAGAACCGGGGAUUUCCAAAUGUGCCUACUGCUUUCGGAUUCAACUGCAAAGCCAAAAGAUUUCAAGUCUCACAGAAAUUUAAAGUGAUACUGCAUAAAGGAAGUAAAUGUAAUGACAGUUUUAUCGUUUUUGUGGCCCUGAGGUUUGCACCAACCUCUCACAUAACCGAAUAUUAAAUCCUGUAUGGCCGCAA